AUGUGGAGCUGGGUGCUGCGACUCUGCUGCUGGCAGGCGCUUGGACGACGAAGUUUCCUGGAGAGGUCGCAACUUCGAGACGCCCUGGUGACCUGGGAAAGGAAUGCGUCCGCGAGGACAGAGUUGACCAAAGACUUUGGCAACAUCUCAGAAUGGGACAUCUCUGCGAUUUCCAGCAUGAGUGGCCUCUUCGCUGGCCUGGAGAACUUCAACGAGGAUGUGACGGCUUGGCAGACGGCGCAAGUGAUCGAUAUGAGCUUCGUCUUCGCAGGUGCCUCGUCCUUCAAUCGAUCUCUCAGUUCAUGGUCCACCUCGAAGGUGAUCACAAUGCGAGCCAUGUUCUACAAUGCCACGGCAUUCAAUCAGCCGCUGACAUCAUGGGUGACCACAGCUGUGUUAGAUAUGUCCUACCUCUUCUAUGGGGCCUCUAGCUUCAACCAGCCCUUGGACACAUGGGACACACAAGGAGUGACGGACAUGAGUUACAUGUUUUGUGGUGCCAGCGCAUUUGACCAGCCCCUCUACAUGUGGACGACUUCCGCGGUGCAGAACAUGAGUGGCAUGUUCGAAGAUGCCUGGGCUUUCAACAACAAUUACGAGGACACCCGCCCCAUGCGGGGUCUCGGCUACAAAGCCUACAGCGCAAAAAGCAAGCUGCAGAACGUUGGAGGAUGGGACACCAGCUCCGUACGGGACAUGAGCUCCAUGUUCAAGGGCGCUCGGGCUUUCAACCAGCCGAUCGGGCGUUGGGUGACAUCCGCCGUGACUUGCAUGCGGAGCAUGUUCAGCGGCGCUACUGCCUUCAACCACCUUCUCUUGCACUGGGAUGUGUCGCGGGUGGCAGACAUGAGCUUCAUGUUUGAAGGGGCCAUCUCGUUCAAGCAGCCACUGUUCUUAUGGAAGACGUCCGCCGUCCAGAACAUGACAGGCAUGUUCCAGAAUGCAAAGUUCUUCAACCAUGUGCUCAGCUCUUGGAACGUCAGCGCAGUUCGCGACAUGCGCGGGAUGUUUCGGCGGGCACUUUCCUUCAACCAGGCUUUGGAUCUGUGGGACACAGGGAAUGUCACAGACAUGACCGGCAUGUUCGAGGGUGCCAUGGCCUUCAACCAGAAGAUUGGUAACUGGGACACCUCCCGGGUCACGAGCAUGGGAAGCAUGUGCCUUGCACCUGUCCAAAGCUAG